AUGAAGCUAAUGUCGGCAAAGUGUGACGGCGGUAAGCCCCAAUGCUCCAGCUGCAUGAACAAGCACCGCGAAUGUCGAUACCAGGCCGUAGACAAGAGAAAACUCCCACUCCGCGUUGCCAUAGAGCUUCUAUCAAGCAGAGUUGAACAGCUCUGUCUCUUCAUCCACGAAAGUGGAUUGGAGGCCCCGCCCAUGCCACAAGAAAAGGACACUGCUUUGGCUAAAGUCCUUGAUGUUCUUGGCUUAACUGAAGUUCAUUCAGCCGCAAGAUACAAUCGAACUAACAGCAAAUCCCCCAAUCCCAAUUCCCCAUCCGCAAGCGAUGAUCUGCCUUCUGAGGCACCGAAUUCUAUGCCGUUCUCAGCUCCUGGUGUAGAAAAUGAUCUAAAUACUUGGGCUCAGACCUCGAGAUCACCGGACAACGCAUCGCAAAAUUCUCGGUCGAGUUUUACAAUGCUUUCGGACCCUCACGCCAUUUCGACACUGCCCAUGGCCCUUGACACUGGGAUCUCCAUUGCAGAACAGUAUCCACCAACUGAUGAUCACUCUGAUAAUUUAUUGGCCAAUUGGGACUGGACCUUGGACUUUGAGACAUGCAUUACGCCCCCAUCUCCAGACAUCGGAGACAUUGGCGUAGAACCACUACAGCCGCCAGGGAAACCAUUGGAUAGGGUACCUGAGCCCUUUGAGUCCGCCGUCAUUCAAAGCCCACCCAGCCUCGACAAUGAUUCCAGGAGCACGGAAGAAAUUGAAGACCUUAUCGACGAGAUUUCUGAUCGGAUGGGCACAUUGCGCUUUGGUCCUGGAGGAAGAGCUCGCUUCUAUGGCCCGACAUCGACUUUCAACCUUGCCGAUGCUCCAGUAACUAUCAACACUCGGACACACCGUACCGUCGAUCAUUUCGAUGACGCAGAAUAUGAUAGACAAGUCCCAUUAUCUCUCGAGGAGCAUCUUCUUAAUCUCUAUUUUGCCUGGCAAGAUCCAUCGUUCCACGUCGUCGACCGAGAAUUGUUCGAAAAGGGAAAGACAGCGUGGGAUGGGAAAGAAGAGACCCCGUUCUAUUCUGAGGCACUCUGCUAUGCAAUGUGUUCUCUCGGCGCUGUUUUUGAGACCCGUUAUCAUCCAUCCUUUGUGACGUUCCCGAAGUCUCUCGGUGAAUUCUUUGGGGACCGUGCAAAGGAACUGCUUGAAAUUGAAUUAGACUCUCCAUGCGUGGCAACAGUCCAAGCACUAGUCAUCUUGAGCAGCCAUGAAAUCGGUAUAGGCUCAGAUACACGUGGAUGGCUCUACAGUGGGAUGGCCCUUCGGCUUGCUUUUGAUCUUGCCUUGCAUAUAGAUCUUUCUUCCUAUGUUGCUCGUGGAUCUGUUACCGCUGCAGACGCCGAGCUGCGUCGAACCGUUUUUUGGGCUGCGUAUAUGGUAGACCACCUGGUCGGAUUCUACCUUGGUAGACCUUUCUACACCAACAUGGAGGAUGUUACAGUCAAAAAACCCAAUAAUGACGUCGACUAUCGAGAACCUUGCAAAUGGACGCCCUACGCAUCUCCCAUCCCAUUUGACAAUGAUUCCGGGUUAUUUGACUGUGUGGGGGCUGUCAGUGAACAGGAAGUCUCCCUAUGUGAACUUAUGGCACCCUGCGGCUAUUUUCUGUAUGGGACGUCAGGUAUUCCAAGAGCCUUGCUUCAACAGCUCAAUGCAAAUAAUGUUGCCAAGCUUCUCAGUUGGAAAGCUCAGUUGCCUUCAGUUUUACAGAUCGACCUUAACGAUCACAGUUCUCCUUAUCUUCCACAUGUGUUGCUACUUCACAUGCAAUAUUACCAGAAUCUCAUCUACAGUCAUCGACCCUGGAUGUCAAAAGGCUACCUGCAACCACAACCUCCGAAGGGACCUGGGUUCACUCACGCUCGAGAAAUGUGCAUUAAUUCCGCCAUCUCCAUUGCCAAAAUCCUUGUAUUGUACGAGACCAGAUAUACCCUCCGCCGCAUAAACAUUAAAGCAGUCUCAAUUACAUCCUCCGCCGUGCUACUACUUCUCUUCGCUGCCGUUUCCCAGUACCAAACUGAAGAGAACGAGAAUAUCAUCGCUCAUCUGAGUACCUGCUUCAGGGCCCUUGAUGAGUUCUCUCUAUCCUGGCAAAGUGCCAAUCGUGCUAAAGACCUUCUGGUAAGGCUACAGCACAAAUGGGAGAUUCGUACCCGUGCUACUAAGCCGGACCGUGGACCCGAUGGGGCUGGUUACCCCCCCAGAAAGCGAUCACGAACACUUAAUGGAUCUGACUCCAUAAUCCCGAAUAAUGGAAGGUCUUUAAGCACACAGCAUGAGACGCGCGAUUUCCAACUCGAGUCUGGGUUGGGCUGGAUGCUCAUGCUCAGUGGUCAGCUUCCGUCGGAUGGGGAUGAAGAUCUCUAUUCCUUUGUUGCAAAUGCAGACACUAAGGAACGCCCAUACGAAUGCAAUAUCUGCCACAAGCGUUUCUCUCGAAGCGACGUCUUGAGCCGACAUGCCAAGGGCCACAAUCAAGCCAAUGCGACAGCCGGUCCAUCGGAAGCGUCAAAUCGACAGUCAUCAGUAACCGCGGAUGCAUCAAUGAUUCCCGGACCAGGAAAUGGUUUUAUCGGUGCAGAAGCACAGAUUCCACCUCUGUCUACUACUUCGCGAGAUGCGCAUCUCGCAUCAACUGGGCUCCCAUCAUCACUAGAUUACCUAGCUGACAUUUCAGCUCACCAUGGCCGCACCGAACCAGAUCUCAAUAUGAUGAUGAUUGAUGACCAGCAGCAGUACUUUGGAUGGAAUGCAGUCACAUCGGCAGAUCAUGUGUCGCACCGAGCUGGCUCGGCCUUCGACCCUGGGCCAAAAGACAUGCUACAAAUGUGGCUUGAACCACGCACAGCUUCGGCGUCAAUUGACUCACUAGAUCUGAUGCGCGAUAGCCAUUUCCCUUUGAUCGGUGACAAUUUGAAUCUUACUUCAGGCCAGCAGAAUCGACAUUCAGGCGACAGCAGCGAUAGCAUUCCUAAUGAACGCUUCGCUAGAGUUCAGCAGUGCUGGCUAGCACCACCGAAUACCGGGCGUCUUAUAAACAGUUUAUGGCGGGAUAUCGUCAUGUCACCGGUUGAUAAUAUCUUCUCUGUUCAGUCAUUACACCCUUCCAAUGAGGCAAGUGCUGUUGAAGGAUCCCGGUAUGGAUUCGACGAGAAUUGCAGACGGCGCCUGUAUGCGGCUUUUGGACCGAUGACUCUUUCUGUGCAUAUGCAGUCACCCCCAGAUAGGAAUAUUCCUCCAGCCACGCCUGUCUCGACAUUGAAUUACUCUGAUUUCCCCCCUGCUGAGAUUUUGGAUAUGGCACUAGAUUUAUUUUUCCGCAUCUUUAAUCCCCUCUUGCCAUUUGUCCAUCUACCGACCUUUUCGGCAAAUAAGGUGCGACCAUCUCUGCUAUAUGUUAUGACGCUGGUUGGCAUGACAUUACUUGGCACGAAAGGAACAACUGCGUUUGUGUCCAGAAAUUUCUCAGGCACUUUGGACAAGGUAACAGCUGAAUUUUCCCGAUGCUCAAUGGGACUUGAGAGCGCUUCUGGCACCGUGACAUUGUUUGCGACAGUUUUGCUCUUAUUAAACCUGGCUGGCUUGACCGGGGAAAAAGUACAUCUGGAACAGUGUCAACCUCUUUAUAUCAAUGUCAUGUCUGUCGCCCAAAGACAUGGUUUGUUUUCAGCCACCGAAGGACAGAUUCUUGACAUGACUUUGUUCGAAACGGUUCCUGAUAAUGAAAUGAGAUGGAAAGCCUGGAGCAAGAUCGAAUCAACUAAGAGAAUAAUCAUUGGAUUACUGCUCCUAGACUCUUGGUACUCCUCGUUCCUCUCAACGGGUCCAAUCACAGUCCCAGACUCAAUCCAACUCAUCCUCCCCUGCAGCGAAGCUCUCUUCAACGCCCACUCCUCCAUCCAAUGGAAACACCUAAUCCGUGGCGGAAAGCGCAUUCUCUCAUCAACAAUCCUCGCCCCAUCCGAAAACAUCAACAUCCCCACCCUAGAAGCUCCCGCAGAUGACUUCUGUAUACAAGCAAUACUAGCAAUAGUUCAGCUCCGCCAGUCAGAAGCCUACCACCGCCUCCUCUCCAAUAGAGCCAGCUACCCCUUUGCUCCAUGUCACACCUACGCCAUGGACGGCCGAGCCAGGUGCCUCCCCUCCCUCCAAUCCCAGCUCAUCACAAACUACGGCGAAACCCUCGAUCGCCUCAAUCCUAAUGCUCUCAUUACGUGGCACAACAUUUGCAUGACUCUGACCGCCGAUAUCCAAAUAUUCGACCUUGCAGCUGGCCGUGCAGGCCCAAAUCCUGCCCGCAAGGCCCUUGACGAUAUCCGUGAAUGGUCGCAGACACCUGCCGCCAGACGCGCGUGUCUGCACGCUGCACACAUUUACAAAGUCAUGACAAACCGCAAAGCUUCUGACCAUCCCACCUUCCAAUCUAUGUUUUCGCUCUUUUCGGCUGGAUUAGUGCUCGGUCUGUAUACGUUCAUGGUUCCGGCUUCUACUAGUUCGCCGUCUAGUGUCGGGUCUGUGGAGUUGAUGGAUGAUGUCGACUGGAGAUCAGUGGGAACGGAGGGAUUCACUAGUUUCAUGGAGCCUAGGGGAAGUCAGACUCUCGCGCCGACGGAUGAUCCCGCUGUUAACUUCAUUCGCAACGGGGCUACCAUCUACUUGCGAGGACUGCCGUUCCACGGUGGGUAUCAGUUUGCGCGUCGAAUCCUGCUUGAUUAUGCAUCUCUUCUCAAGGACUCUGGGAAGUGGAGUGUCAAAAAGUUCUCGUAUAUUUUAUACAUAAUGAGUGAUGUUCUUAUGGACGUCGAAUGA